AUGGGACUCAAUGCCAAAGAAGUUGUUCGAGUUUUUGCUUGCAGCAAGGAAUUAUCGUUUAAUCUAUCAAAAAUUAGACAUAAUCAGUUAUACAGACCUCUAAACAAAGCUCUUGUCAGUUUUAAAAAGGAAGUUGAAGAUAUAAAAGGUGCUAUGAGUUCCAUCCGCGAAGUCAUAUUUCCAAUAGAAUAUGAAAUUGAAGGAAUGGCGUAUUUAGAUUUAAUGGAAGCUGAUAUAGAUCCGGGUUUGGGAGAAGGUUACACUUAUCUCAAAAAAGCUGGAGAAUUUUUAAAUAAGGGUUUAAAAAAUAUUCAUUUGCAAACUAAAGUAACUUAUAUUCGGGACCUCUAUGACAUUCAGGACGCGAAAGAAACCGGCGAUCGUGUGCUUCAUGCGUUUAAAGAAAAGUACGUUGCAAUAGAAUCACUUAUAAUUAUUGUAAACUUUUUCCUCGCACUUCUGUUCAUAAGAAUUUUGAUAGCUGCUUACUCUUACCACGAACACUACCUCACUGCAAUAGACUUCGAUAACGUCUAUAUAACCAAUUACUUCAAAAAAAUCGAUGAGAAAAGGGAAAAGAAAAAGGAAUUAUAUCUUUUACCUUUAAACAAGAAAACGCUACGUAGGAAAGCUGUUCAGACAGUUCGCGCUCAUUACUUAUCGGGAGAAAACCUCUUAAGCUUGAGGAUCAGGUAUCCUAAUCUGCUGGGAUGGCUCGUGGUUUUUCCCGCAGCUAGAAUGAAGUGCUUAAUCUGUGAGGAAACACAACCCAGGAGAAGUGAAGUUAAAUCUCAGUGGCAAAAGUGCAACAACCCUCUCUGCCCGUUCGUUCUCUGCGGUGAGUGUACCGCGGAUGCGGGCGGCUGCUUGGCCUGCGACCCCGCGCUAGCUUUGCUCAGUGAUAUUGAUUCGCUCAGCGACGAACCCCCAAGAAGGUAUUGA